GCCGAGUCUUCACGAGCGAAAGCAGGAUAUUGUAACCGAUUAUUGGUCCCUGCUCUACACGGCGCCUGUUCAUCCGAAAGCCAAUGUCUCACUGAUGGCGAUAACAAUGAGCAGGCCAAAAUGACAUAUACCUCUGUAUAUGUAUAUAGUCUAGCGAUAGCCUACACAUUGUCUGGGCAUUGAGAGGCCAGCACAGUCACUGCAUCUCUCUGCAAUGGACUCCCGACCGAACAGUGGGGUACCUGAUUCCGGCUCCACCAAAAGAAAACCCUCGCUCCUGGAACCCAGCCCGCCUGAUAAAUGUGAACCCUCGACAACGCAGCGCAGUUUCAUGUUUGUUGAUACUCAAAAUGACCUGUCUCAGGAGUUUGGAGUCGGGAGAGAAAAAAUGGCGUUCCUUUCUAAACUGGCCCACCGACGAAGGAAGAAAGAGUCCAUCCAAAGGCUCAAAGCGACUCAGCGCGCAAACAACCAGCAACUAGCCACUAGCGAGGACCUGGUUAUGCAAGGUGCGACAAGGCAGGGAGCAUGGAAAUUGAACGGAUACUUGGGUCAGGGCUACGUGGAUCCCUUUGACACCAGCUCCGUGGCCAUGACAGACUCGAUGAAUCUUUACUUCCACCAUUUUCGCGUCCAGGUAGCGCCAACGGCGAUUCCUUUUGACGGCGCUAGAGAGGGCAGAGUAUGGGCCCAGGUGUCUGCUUCGCUCCCUGCCCUUCGUUAUAUAGGGCUGUUUCUGGCAGCGGAGAAUAAGGCGGUGCUGGAGUGCACUCAUAGAGUGUCUCUAUCAGCUAGUGCAAAAUCAUCCCAGGAGGCUAUCCGCUUCAGGGUUGAAGCGAUCAAGCACUUGAAUAACGCCCUUCAGCACCCUGACACCGCAGUGUCUGAGUCAACUCUAUGGUGCGUGUCCACUAUGAAGCAUUGCGAGGCGCUUAGUGGGCAAUUCACGGCAUUACAGGCGCAUAAGAAGGGGCUCUGUGCCCUCAUCGACUUGGCAGGAGGUCUGGAGAAGUUAGGACAUGCACUAGUCUCAACGAUCUACCAGGGCGAUAUCGCGACAGCGGCGCUGAACGAUUCCCAGCCAUGUUUCCCCAUGUUGCCGAGCUUUCGACGCGCGGUCCUGGACGAGGCAGCAAUGUUCUCUUCCAGUGAUGGCAACUACGACUAUGGGCAAUCCAUACCUCGUCCCUUAUCAGGUUUCGGUAUGCGUUUUAUAGACGCUGCAUGGUAUAGGGAGCUGAACAGCGACAUGAGGACAACUCUCCACGCCUGUCGCCGACUCUUCGUGCAUUUCGAGAUGGCGACAAAAUUCCCCACACUCGUCAAACCCACUGGCAAGGACCUUUACAUUAUUCUUCUACAUCAUCUACUCUCUCUCCGCUUUUCGCACCGCGAACACGACCUGAAUGACCCCCUCCGUCGCACCUUGUUUGCAUACACCUACCUGCGUAUCUGGAAUUUUGGAGGCUUUUCCGUAACACGCCAUAUUCUGAAUGGGUUAAAGCGGAGCUUAAUUUCCCACCUUGCAUAUUUCCAAGCUACUGCCCCAGAUUUGCUGUUAUGGAUAACCUUUAUUGGGUCCAUGGCAUCGCAAGGAUAUGAACACUAUUCUUGGUUUGUUGGGACGCUUCGGGAUGUCGCGGUCCAUAUGAACGUGAUGGAAUGGCAUGAGGCACGAACCAUACUCGUGGGAUUUUUCUACAGCGAUCGUACUGGAUACAGAACAGGGGAGAAUUUAUGGGACGAGGUUAUGGCGCCUUCGCCACCCCACCGUGUAUAGGUCCCACAGCGUCGGAAUUUAUUUCUGGGCUAACUCCAACGGGAGAUGCUAAAGAUAUACUAUAGAGGCUGCUACAUAUGAAAAAGGAGAAAUUCAAAGAUGAUAUC